AUGCUGGUCAAGAUCAAUGCAUGCGCACUGAACCCGGUCGACAUCCAGAUGAUGAAUCUACCUCUAUGGAGACUGCCCGGCUACAACAAGCCCAAGACUUGUGUCUGCGAUUUCAGCGGUACCAUCAUCGCCGGUGGACGGACAGGCUUCAUUCAAGGUGAUGAGGUCUUCGGCUUGACGCUAAAGCCUAUGAACGAGGCUGGCGGAGCGUUGGCCGAGAUCGCACACUUCGAUAUGGCGAACACCGUCGCAGCCAAGAAGCCCAAGGAAUGGAGCCACGAGCAAGCAGCAGCAAUCAGCCUGGUGUGGUUGACAGCAGAGUCAUGUAUAGAAAAUGUUGCGAAGUUUGUGGACGAGACAUCGAGCAAGCGCGUUGCAGUUCUGGGCGGUUCGAGCGCCGUAGGCAUGUACACGAUCAUGCUCGCGAAGAGGCGAGGUUGGAAGGUCAUCUCGACAUCGUCUAGUGCCAACAAAGACUUUGUUCUCUCGACGCUUAAGGCCGAUGAGCAUGUGGAUUACACAUCACAAAAUGUUCGGUCAAGCGUG